AUGUUGAAACAUUUGGUGUUUUUGUGUGCAAUUCAGACAACUCUUGUGUAUUCAUUUAGUAUUCGCGAUAUUAUCAACGGAAAACGAGGAGCCGAUACACCAGCUCCUUGUCCAACGUGGCAUCCAUUUGCGUGUCCAUCAGGGGAAUGUGUACCAAUCAAAUAUCUAUGUGAUGGUUCACCGGAUUGUUCAGAUGAGUAUGAUGAGAAUAAGAGCAUGUGUACAGCAGGUUGGUGGCCAAGGGAACUAAGCUCUUGGGGAUCGGGAACAUUUGCUGUAUUUUUUGGUUAAUUUAUUCCUAGGUAGAUCAAAAUUGUUAUGGAGUAGCAAAAAUAAAGACUUUUCAAACACUCUAAUUUUAAAAAAUUGAUUUUGAAAAUUUGAAUUUACGAUUUUUAAAACUAAAAAUUUUAUCCGAAACAACAUUUUUAAUUCAAAAAUAUAGUUACAGAAUUUGAAAAAUUUAUUUGUGACAAAAAGUUUUUGUUACGCCAUAACUUUUUUUGGAACCAUUAUCCCCAAAAUUCGGUAAACUAUUUUCAUUUCCUGUAAAAUUCCAAAUAAAUAUAAAAUUUUCAGCCACUCGACCACCAGUCGAAGAAACUCAAGCCUUCCUCAAAGCCUUGAUGUCAGCUCACGGAAAAGAUUUCUUGGAAAAAGUAUUCGGGCCGAAAGCCAAAUCCGAAUUAGCCGGAAUGGGAGGAGUUGACAAAGUGGCUGUUGCACUUUCACGUAAGUAUUUAUCUGAUUGUUUACGGAAAGUUUGUUGUUUUUGGCUCGUUCUCGCUCACAAAAAAUAAAUGUGUUGCCAUUUUUAAUCGAAAGAGGGGAAAAGCGAAAUCUCAUGAAUUUUUCAGUUGAAAAACGACGUCGGCAAAAAAAACACAAUUCAGAGUUGGAUAAAAAGGGAGAAAAAGGAAGGGAAUAGUUUAUCUGGGAAAUACAUUUUGAGAUAUGUUAGAAUUCAAACAAUUAACUUUACCGAUUUGCAGAAACUCCAACAGCUGAUUUGUUCGCAAAGGAAAUGGGAUUAGAUGAAAGUGAAGAGGGUCAUAUGAUGGAAGUUAUGGAAGGAAUAAUCAGUGGCUCAACAGACGAACUCACUUCAAACGAGGCCGCUGAUUUCCGAUUUUUCGUUCAGAAAUUGCAAGACACUGGAUUUUUCUAA